UCAAUUUGUUUCCGAUUAUUGUUCUUCAACAUUUCUUCGAUGUACUCUCUCACGAUUCUUGAUUCUUGAUUUUUGUUUCCGAUUGUUGUUCUUCAACAUGUCUUCAAUUCCCUCUCCCAGGAUACUCGAUUCUUGUUUCUGAUUACUUUUCCUCUCAAAUCUCUAUCUCUCUUUAUUGUAUCUACUCUCAGUCGUCCACAGAUCGAUUCCGCUAUGUUCAACGAUCACAUUACGCAAUGGUGAAGGCUGUGGCAGUUCUUGGCAGCAGUGAGGGUGUCACUGGAACUGUCUACUUCAGUCAGGACGGAAAUGGUCCAACCACCGUAACUGGCACUCUUACUGGUCUUAAGCCUGGUCACCAUGGCUUCCAUGUCCAUGCCUUGGGGGACACUACCAAUGGUUGCCUGUCAACUGGACCACAUUUCAAUCCUAAUAACAAGGAGCAUGGUGCUCCCGAGGAUGAGAAUCGCCAUGCUGGUGAUCUAGGGAAUGUAAAUGUUGGUGAUGAUGGUACCGCCAGCUUCAGUAUUACUGACAGUCAGAUUCCUCUCACUGGACCAAACUCCAUCAUUGGGAGAGCUGUUGUUGUCCAUGCUGAUCCUGAUGAUCUUGGGAAAGGUGGUCAUGAGCUUAGCAAGUCUACUGGAAAUGCUGGUGGCAGAGUAGCCUGUGGUAUCAUUGGUCUGCAAGGAUAAACUAGUCGCAUGAAAACGGGCGUGAUCGUAUGACGAAGCUUUAGAAUUGUGGAAUAAAGAAUCGCCCUUUUAAACCCGUUUGGUUAGGUUCGGUCUGUACUGCUGAAUUCUGUGUUUUAUUGUAUCGUACGAGAGUCAUUUGUAGACACACUUGAUGCUUAUUUCAUGGUUUUUGCCUGAAGUGCUUGUUAGUGGUUUAUCCAUAUUUCUUUGA